AUUUUAGUUUCUCCAAAAUAGGCGGGGACGUGAUAUUUCCCGAUUCUCAUAUGAGACAGAAAAAAACUACUGAAAGAUGGAAUUUACAAAAAUGAACGCAUUAUUUUCAUUUCUCAAUAAUUAAUCAAAACCCUAAAAUCUCACCACUUCCGUAAUCGUUUCUCUUCUUCCGUCAGAACCGUUACUUCCACUCAACUCAACUCGCCGGAAAACGCCGCCUCUCCUCGCCGGAGAUUCUCGUUCAGUAAAAAGAAGAGUGUGGGAUGAGAAGAUGAGUUCGGAGCCACCGAGAGGAACGGUAGAAUCAAUGUCACUGUGUAAUGGACAUUCUGAACAAGAAUUAGGGAUUCCGUUGAUGGAGAAUGGAGGCUCUAGUAUUCUUACUCGGCCCAAGAUUAAGCGCCGUGCAGUUUCUGCAGUUCGUGAUUUUCCUGAAGAAUGUGGACCAUUUGGUUCUGCUGAUGGUACAUCUCUUGAAGAUAAGAGUGAAGACUGUUUAGGCGGUGAAGCUGUUUGUCCCAACCUUGAAGAUGAUUCUCAACAUUCUGAGGUUGAUAAAAAGUUGUUUGAUACAGAGGCUCUUGAACAAACAAGUGACUGUAGUUUGAAGAAGGAAGAUCCUGUUGUCUUAUCUGAUCAAGUGGAUGGGGAUACUUUGGCUAACGACGAGCCUGGAAAAGUGGCAUUGGUGGACAUGGAAACUUCGGAUAUGGAAUUUACAACUGAAGUGAAAACGGAAGAUCAUAUGGUCUCAUCUAAUCAAGGGGAUGGGGAUACUUUGGCUAAUAAUGAACCUGCAAAAGUGUCAUCGGUGGACAUGGAAACUGGAGAUAUGGAAUUUGCAACUGAAGUGAAAAAGGAAGAUCAGGUCUCAUCUCAUCAAGUCAAUCAGCCUACAUUGGAUAAUGAUGAACAAGCAAAUGUGGCAUUGGCAGACAUGGAAACUUUGGAUGCAGAAUUUGCAACUGAAAGCUGUAGUCCGAAGAAGGAAAAUCCAAUGGAUGAAUCUACUCUGGCUAAUGGCGAACCUGCAAAACAGGCAUUGGUAGGCACAGAAACUUUGGAUACUGAAUUUGCAACAGAAGACCUCAUAAAACAAGAUUUCUCUAAUAUAAUGUCUCCAAUUGGUGAGGUAGUUAUGGAUGAUGCUUGUAUGGAGGAGGCUGUAACUAAAAGGUAUCCUCCUCGUAGAAAAGUUGCAGCAGCGAUCAGAGAUUUUCCACAUUUAUGUGGACGCAAUGCUCCCCUUCUUACUACGGACGAGCGUUUAAGGGAGCUAUCUUCUUUGAAUAAAAAGAGAGUGGGUCAAACUGACAUAAAAGAAGUAGAUAAUAACAAGAGAAAGCUUGCUAACAUCAUUCAAGCUGACUCUGAAGGGAAUGCUACACAGAGAGUUAAGAAGAUGGAUGUAGUUGAUUCAUCUUCUGAGAUGAGAUUGGCACUGGUUAAAGAGGAAAACACAAACACUGUACAGGUCGAAGGAACAUCAGGCAGGAAAACAGUGCAAGGUUUGAUGGCUAAAUCAGAAUGUCCUUGGAGAUCUGAUAUCAGUUCCCCCAAAUUUAAACCAGCAUCAAUAGGUGGCACUGAUGAAAGGAAGGGAAAGAAAGUUGAUUAUUAUGCCCAGCUAGACAGGUCUAAAACUGCUGUCAAGACAAAACAUUUACCGAAUCAUUCUGGGCACGUGCAGUUGAAAAAGAAAAAUGGAAAUGCUGCUUCUGAUGACAUGGGUGAAUUAGUAAGACGGGAGAAUAAUUCUCUAGACCCUAAACAUAAAAACUUUAAAAUUGUCCCAAAAUCACAUGGUGUAAAUGUUCCUCCUCUUGGUCGUAGUAAUUUCAGUGGUCAUGAGAAUGACUCAAUGGCCCGAAAUAAUGUGAGGAAAGCAUUGCGCCUGUUCCAAGCUGUUUAUAGAAAGCUUUUGCAGGAAGCGGAAGCAAAAGCAAAGUCAAACGAUAAAGAAAGAAGGAGGUUUGAUUUACAAGCUGCGAAAAUACUUAAGGAGAAAGGGAGCUAUGUUAAUGAAGGGGAUAAGAUCUUGGGAUCUGUCCCCGGGGUUGAAGUUGGUGAUGAAUUUCAAUAUAGAAUCGAGCUUAAUAUAAUUGGCCUUCAUCGCCAGAUUCAGGGUGGUAUAGAUUUUGUGAGGCAGAAAAAUAAAGUCCUUGCCACUAGUAUUGUUGCGUCAGGGGGCUAUUCUGAUGACUUAGAUAAUACAGAUGUUUUGAUAUAUACAGGGCAGGGUGGAAAUGUGAUGAGCAGUGAUAAAGACCCAGAAGAUCAGAAGCUUGAAAGGGGCAACCUUGCUCUGAAGACCAGCAGUGAGGAAAAGAAUCCUGUUAGGGUGAUACGGGGUUCGGAAUCAAUGGAUGGAAAAAGCAAGAUAUAUGUUUAUGAUGGACUUUAUCUAGUUGAGUCAUGUUGGCAGGAAAUGGGGUCACAUGGGAAGCUGGUUUAUAAGUUUCGCUUGCGAAGAAUCCCAGGUCAAACCGAGCUUGCCUUGAAGGAACUGAAGAAAUCUAAAAAGUUCAAAAUAAGAGAAGGUCAAUGCGUCAAAGAUAUUUCCUACGGUAAAGAGAGAAUUCCCGUAUGUGCUGUGAACACCAUAGACGACGAGAAGCCCCCUCCAUUUAAAUACAUAACUAAGAUGAUAUAUCCUGAUCGUUGCAAUCUUGUCCCUCCAGAAGGCUGUGGUUGUACUAAUGGAUGCUCUGACCAUGCAAAAUGUUCCUGUGUACUAAAAAAUGGGGGGGAAAUUCCUUAUAAUCAUAAUGGGGCUAUUGUAGAAGCAAAGUCUGUAGUCUAUGAGUGUGGGCCUAAAUGCAAGUGCCCUCCAACCUGCCAUAACAGGGUGAGCCAACUUGGCAUAAAUAUUCAACUUGAAAUUUUUAAAACCAAUUCAAUGGGGUGGGGUGUAAGAUCCCUAAAUUCCAUUCCUUCAGGAAGUUUUAUCUGUGAAUAUAUAGGAGAGGUUCUUGAAGACAAGGAAGCUGAACAAAGAACUGGUAAUGAUGAGUAUCUUUUUGAUAUUGGAAAUAACAAAACCAACAAUACUCUUUGGGAUGGACUUUCGACACUUAUACCAGAUUCACACUCAAGUUCAUGUGAAGUAGUGAAUGAUGUUGGCUUCACUAUCGAUGCCGCUCAGUUUGGUAAUGUGGGGAGAUUCAUCAACCACAGUUGCUCCCCCAAUCUCUAUGCUCAGAAUGUCCUUUAUGAUCAUCAUGACAUCAGGAUUCCUCACGUCAUGUUAUUUGCUGCUGAGAACAUUCCUCCCUUGCAAGAGCUGAGUUACGAUUACAAUUAUAUGAUAGAUCAAGUCCGUGAUUCUGAUGGCAAUAUCAAAAAGAAGUACUGCUAUUGUGGUUCUGUGGAGUGUACUGGUUUCCUCCUCCGGAGGUAAUCAUAUUUGAGGAACUGUCGGACACUUCAUGUGGACACAUCUUCCAGUUGGGGUUCAAACUUUAGUUGUGGAAGUCUGUCUAGCUCCUUUCUUGAGACCCAUUCAUGUUGGUUGUUUUUGACUUUAUGUUAAGCAACUCUAUAUGAAUGUAAAAAAUACUAUAAAAAUUUUUGACUUUAUGUUAAGCAACUCUAUAUGAAUGUAAAAAUAUACUAUAAAUUUUUUUGACUUUAUUAUGUUAAGCAACUCUAUACGAAUGUAAAAAUAUACUAUAAAAAAUUACAAUUACAUCUUCAGGACCACUAUUAAGCUUCCCAUUUAAUUUAUCUAUGCAUUUGUAUUAAACAUAGGAGAUAGUACAACGGGGUAUGGGGUUGGAAGAUGCUGGCACUUUAAGAAAUCCUGUGGCUUUUAAUCUCUUUUCUUUACAUCUGGUUAGGGUCGACCUAACCAAAAGUAAGACCUUAAACAAAGUUUGUAUACUACGAGAUGUAAAGAAUUGACAGUUAUUGUAGUAAAUUGAGGCGUAAAAUAUUUCAAAGGCAUUGACAGGUAUUAAUGUUAGUAUAAUAAGUUAUAGUUUGAUUCUGAA